AUGUUCAAAGAAAUGUUGGAUAGUGGUAUUACUCUGGAUGUUCAUACAUAUAGUGUGUUGCUAGAUGCAUGUACCAAGGAAGGGAAGAUAAAAGAGGCAGAGGGGGCACUUGAAGUCAUGAUACAAAAAGGUGUGGAUCCUGAUGUAGUCACAUACAAUGCUCUAAUGGAUGGAUAUUGUUUGCAAGGCCAAAUGGAUGAAGCAAUCAGAGUGUUCAAUACCAUCGUGGAUAGGGGCCUUCACCCUGACAUUGUUAGUCACCACAUUUUGAUUAAUGGAUAUUGGAAAAAGAUGAAAAUUGAUGAGGCCAUGCUUCUCUUUCGAGAAUUGCCUCAAAGGGAGUUGAAACCUAACACCGAAACCUUCAAUGUUAUGCUACAUGAAAUAAUUCCAAAUUCUCAAACUUGUAGUAUCUUAUUGGAUGGGUUGUGCAAAAAUGGGCAUAUUUUUGAAGCAUUGUCAUUAUUCCACAUGAUGGAAAGUAAUGAUUUACAUCUUGAUAUUGUUAAGUAUUCUAUCCUCAUUAAUGCAUUCUGCAAUGAUAAAAAGCUUGAUACUGCAAGGGCUUUUUUCAGUAACCUUUCUUCCAAGGGAUUAGAUCCUAAUGUUAAGACAUACACUAUGAUGAUAAAAGGUCUUUGUGAAGAAGGCCUACUACAUGAAGCUAAAGAGUUGUUUGUUAAAAUGGAACAAAAUGGUUGUUUGCCAAAUGAUUUCACUUACAACAUUGUUAUCCGAGGAUUUAUUGGACAACACAUGUGCUAUGAGGCAUUAAUACUUGUUGAGGAAAUGGUUCAAAGGGGUUUCAAUAGAUACAUCUAA